AUGGAAGAAAAUGGACAAUUCGGAUCCACUAAAUCCGCAGCCGCUUCACUCGGUUCACCAGCAAUUGAAGUAGGAUUGACGGAAGAAGCUGAAACAUUGAAGAGUGAAACUAAGCAUCGGAAGAUGAAUGUUGAGGAGCAGACUGAGGACUGGUGGGCCAGAGUACUUGAUUCAGAUCAGCAGCGUCUCCGUCGUCGCAUGUUUCGUUCGCGUCCCUGGAUAAAGAUCGGCCUGGGUCUCCAACGCUUGGCUCGAGCCUGGUUUAGUCUGAUACAGGAAUGGAACGUUCAAUGGCGCGAGUUGCAAUUAAUGCUUGGUGUAUAUCAAUUUGUACGGUAA